AUGAGUUCAGUUUUAGUGGGCUUCCAGGAGUUUGACUGGACCUUAUCCCUCGCCCACCAUGGGGCCUACCUGAGCGUAGAUGACAUUCUGGCCACAAGUGAGCGCAUGCCCUGUCGCCUUCGAAGCUCCAUUCCCAAACUGGCACCUCUGCUUUUGGGUGCGUGCUGCACACAGCAGCCUCGAGGCAGCCGAGGCACCUCCGAUGACUUAAACGACGAGGAGGACAUAGAUCUGGACGUUCCAGCUGGAACAAAAGUGGAUCUGCCGCUUUGGUUGGUCUUCAGUGUCGGGAGUAGCCGCCGUCAGCUUCUUGCGCUGGAUUUACCAAUAAUCUAUCGAGAGGGUUAUCGAGAAGUAUUUUCUGCGGAUCCCUGGGUUGUGGAUUUGCGCAAAAAGGGCCCAUACUUCUACUCCAUUGGCUGCCAUCUGCUGAGCCUUUCCAACCCUGAGCUCCUUUCCGUUAUCACAACAGUGGAGAAUGCUUUCCAGAGGCGAAUUAAGGUACUCAUGGAGGUCGCUCUCAAUGCCAACAGACGGGACAUCCAAGGACUUACAGCACGGUGA